AUGUGUUUCAUGGCACCUACCUAUCAACUGUCAUCAGUUGACGGCCCAUGUGAUCAAUGGGCGACAGCCGUGACAACGCCAAGACCUGCAGGCCAAAGAGGUUCUCGUUCAGGGGUGCCGCCACUUCUCCCUGGCAACCACCAACGCGCUGACCGUCAGCGAUGCGCGCGGAACGACUCUGAUCAAUUGAGGACUACGAGCAGCACAUCAAACAUACUCCAACUGGCAACCGGCAAGAUGGGCCUGAAAACAACCAUCAUCGGCACCGUCCUCGCGACCCUCGCCGCCAACCCCGCGACCGCGGCGCAACCGCGAGCCGCGCGGCCGAUCCCCGCCCCGAUGCGAAACCUCGUCUGGGGCAAACUAAACUUUUUGCACACGACCGACACGCACGGCUGGCACGCUGGCCAUCUUCAGGAGUCACAAUAUUCGGCUGACUGGGGGGACUACGUCUCUUUUGCGGAGCACAUGCGGCAAAAGGCGGAUGAUUUGGGAGUCGAUCUCUUGCUUGUCGACACGGGGGACCGGGUGGAGGGGAACGGGCUGUAUGACGCGAGCAGUCCGAAGGGGAAGUACUACUACGAUAUAUACAAGGAGCAGGACGUGGACGUGAUUUGCACGGGGAAUCACGAGCUGUAUAUUGCGAGCACGGCGGAUCGGGAGUAUGAGAGGACGGUGGAGAAUUUUAGGGGGAGGUAUGUGGCUAGCAAUUUGGAUUACGUAAAGGGGGAUGGGGAGAGAGUGGAGAUGGCGCAGAGGUAUAGGAGGUUUAGGACGAAGAAUCAAGGGGUGGAGGUGGUGGCGAUGGGGUUUUUGUUUGAUUUUGGGGGGAAUGCGAAUAAUACUGUGGUGAAAAGGGUUGGGGAUGUGGUGAGGGAGGGGUGGUUUCAGCGGUUGGUGAGGGAGCAGGAGAAGCCGGAUUUGUGGCUGGUUAUUGGGCAUGUGGGGGUGCAGAUGGAGGAGUUUAAGACGGUUUUUGGGGAGAUUAGGAGGUGGAAUGGGGAUGCGCCGAUCUUGUUUUUUGGGGGCCAUGUUCAUGUCAGGGAUGCGACGAGCUAUGAUGAGAGGAGCUUUGCGAUGGCGAGUGGGCGGUAUUUUGAGACGAUUGGGUGGAUGAGUGUUGACGGGGCGAUCAAGAAGGCCGAGGAUGAUCCAAAGGGGGAGAGGGGGUUGAGUUUUCAUCGGAGGUAUAUCGAUAACAACCUCCUUGGGUUGUAUCAUCACAGCGGGCUGAAUGCUUCGACUUUUCAUACCGAGCAUGGCAAGAACGUCACGUCUAUGAUUGCCAAGGCGAGGAAGGAGCUGGAAUUGGAUUACACCUUUGGUUGCGCGCCACAGGACUACUGGAUGACGAGGUCGCCGUAUCCAGGACCUGACAGCAUUUACACCCUGCUCGAGGAGGAGGUCAUCCCGGAUAUCGCAGUCAACCCAAAGCGCAAAGACGUCCCCAGACUGGUGAUCGCCAACACAGGCGCUAUCAGAUUCGACAUCUUCAAGGGGGCCUUCACGCGGGACUCGACAUACAUCACCUCACCCUUCCUCAGCGUUCUCAACUACAUCUCCGAUGUCCCCUACCACGCCGCAAGGAAAGUCAUCAAGCUCCUCAAUAACGCCGGGAAGAUCAUGGCUGACGCUCAUAUGGACAACGAGUUCAUGGCCAUCCCCGAGCAACUUUCCAUCAGGGAGUCCAUCAUCUACGACACCCCUGCCAACCCUUUCUCCGAAGACGGUAUCCAGAAGCCAAUGGGUCAGCAUGGGCAUGAGGAGCCCUUUUUGGUUGAGGGAUACACCACCCGGGAUGAUAUCGGCGACGAUGGUGACGACGCCCUCCACUCGAGGAUCAACUUCUACGUGGUCCCCAACUGCAUCCAGAGCGAGCUGUCGUUCCCGGAAGAGGGCGAGCCAGAGACGGUUGAUUUGGUGUUCUUCGACUUUAUUCAACCUUGGGUGUUGAUGGCGUUGAAGUUUAGCGGAGCCGUGUAUACUGACAAGGACGUCAGUUUGUAUGUUGAGGGGACGUUUACGGAGCUUUUCGCCGGGUGGAUCGAGGACAAUUGGCCGGCGAAGUGUUGA